GAAGAACUGAAACGACAAAGGUAUAAAGUUUUUAAAAAUGAAGUUAGAUCUUGAAAACCCGUUGACAAGCUCGGAAGAACACCAAUCUGAUACGAUCACAUAUCUCUUUGCCUCUGAAUUUGAUCACAUGCCUUCAAGAAAUCUACUAAACUUCUUGGAAACAUGUGAUCACUUCUACGUCUCCUUUCGUCAUGAAGCCAUUUCCCUCAUUUUACAGGCACAAUAUUCCUGCAACUGUGGCCCCUUUAUACCCUACCUUGCAGUUAAUUUCAUGGAUCGAUUCAUUUCCAGGAUGGAAAUUCCGCAAGGAAAGCCAUGGAUUCUUAGACUUGUGGUAGUCUCUUGCCUUUCCCUAGCUGCAAAGAUGGAGAACACAGACUUCUCCAUCUCUAAUUUUCAGGGAGACGAAGCUGGUUUCAUCUUUGACAACAAAACAAUUAACCGAAUGGAACUUCUCAUCCUUGAUACCUUGGAUUGGAGAAUGAGAUCGAUCACACCUUUCUCUUUUGUGCAUUUCUUCAUUUCAUUAUCGCAGCUUAAAGAUCCAGCAUUGACUCAAACUCUCAAGGACCGAGCUACGGAGAUUAUUUUUAAAGCUCAAAAUGAAAUUAAGUUACUCAAGUUCAAGCCAUCUAUUAUUGCAGCAUCAGCCCUUCUUGUAGCAUCCAAAGAACUACUCCCAUUGCAGUUCCCUUCUUUCAAGUUCUCAAUCUCCGCUUUUGAAUGUGUGAAAGAAGAGAAUCUGCUUAAUUGCUUUGAUACACUGCAAGAAAUGGUGGAGAACGAAAAUGGCACGAGGCAAUGUUAGAUACGAAGUCAUGCACAAGAACCCCCAUUAUUACAUGGAACGAUUAGUUGAGAUUCCAUGGAUCAUGUGAACAAAAACUCAAAGAAAACAGUUUGGAAGGGCAAGCAUGUACUAUUAUUUUGAUAGAUCAUAACUAUUGACCAAAGU